AUGUCGAGUGAAUCCAUCCCAGCGGGCAACUCGAACAACGCCGCCGCCACUGGCCCCAACGGCGAUGCCAACGCCCGCCGUCAGUCUGCAGUGAGCCUCCCCAAGGGUGCCGCCAACGCACGACAGAGCGCUGCCAUCAACUUUGGUUCGGUUCACGACCAGAACGCCAUGCUCUCCUCGUCGCCCGCAGCGCAGCCUAGCUCUGGUCACCACCUGCACGGCGAGAAGCCCACUGUCUUUGGCUCCGUUGCUGCACAGGAUCCUCAGUCCAAAAAGACCACCAUUGGUUUCGCGGGCGGAAAGUCGGACGCCGCCGCUGCUUCGUCCACCGGCAACGGCACCCCCGCCAAGUCCAUGGACUUCCAAAAGCUUUUCCAGGGCUCCGGCUCGCCCGUCCCAUCCCAGGCUACCGCUUCCAACCCAUCUGAAUCGCCAUCCCAGUCUAGCGCUGCUCCCGCCUCAACCGCUCACUCGACGCCUCAGUCCAACGCUGCUGCUUCCCAUAAUCAAGGUGGUGCCCGACAUGCCUCGUCCAACUUGAGGCCGCCAUCAGGCACUCCUCACCACCCUGGCGCCAGGCCGUUUGAACCUCAGCGUUCGCCGUCCGCACACCAGCAGGGCUCCAGGAUCGCUUCGCAGGGCCCGCCUCAUCAGCAGUUCCACGGUCACCCGCAAGGCGGCCCGCAGCAGCCUCGUUCCCCUCACCUGGCCAACGCCGUCCCCAUGCAGCCUAUGCAGCCUAUGGGCGGUCCAUGGCAGCACCAGCAACCUAUGGGUUACGCGCCACCUCAGUACGGCUACCACCCAGGCUACGGCUACCAGCCUGUGCCGCAGCACUGGCAGCAGCAGCAGCAGCAGCAGCAGCAGCCUGGCUACGACAUGCCCGGCACGCCUCGCUCGCCCCGCCACUCCAACGUCGGCUCUUCGCCUAUGGUAGGCCCCAACGGUCUUCCAGGCACCCCGAACAUGGCACCUUCCACUCCGCUGGGCGCCCGAGGUGCCAACGUGCCACCAUCGCCGUCGACGGGUCACAGCAACGUCUCUUCACCCGCCCAUCAGCCUCUCUCGCUCGCUCAAGGCGGUCGUCCACCGAGCUUCAGCCCCGCCGCCAGCUACGCGCACCACUCCCCCUCGCACUCAUUCAGCAAUUCUAUGAGCCCCGCCGCGCGCCAGUUUGAGCCCCAGCAAAAGAGGCAGAGCGCUGCCAUCCGCAUCGUCAACCCCGAGACCCAAGCGCCUGUCGACAUUCAGAGCAUCCAGAGGACCCCAUCCGCCUCGCAAAAGUCGACGCCCGCUCCUGUUUCCGCCACCAACUCGCCCAGCAUCGCCAAAGCCUCUCCCGCCAUUGUCCAGCCUGCCAAGAGCAACCCCAUUCGCAUGGAGACCCCGGAGGCUUUCCUCGCUCGUCUCAAGGCUGACUCUGACAGGAAGAAGGCAGAGCAGGCUGGCAACGCCAAGGACGCCGAUACCGACAAGAAUGAGGCCGAUGCUGAUGACAAGAAGGAGGUUGACGACGAUGGCGCUGCUGCCAAGGAGGCCGACGCCAAGAAAGAAGCUGACGAGAAGGCAGCUGCCGAGCGCAAGGCUGCCGAGGAGGCCAAAGCCAAGGCCGAGGCCGAGAAGAAGGAACGCGAGGACAAGGCCAAGACCAAGGCUGAUGCUGAGGCUCAGAAGGCGGCGGACGAGGCAAAGAAGGCCGAAGAGGAGGCCAAGGCGAAAGCCGAUGCUGCUGCUGCCGCCGCCGCCGCCGAUGCUGCUGCUGCUGAUGCCAAGGCGUCUGCUGAUGCUGAAGAGGCCAAGCCCAAACCUGCUCCCAUCGACACCGAAAAGGCUUCGCUCCACCAGGAUGGUGACAACAAGGACGCCGCAGGCAUGCGCAGCUCCGUCGCUGACGUCGAGCGCAUGGCUCGCGAAGCUUCCUCCGUGCCUCCCUCGAGCCAAGAUGCCCCCAAGACGCCUGGUCUUCCCCCCACCCCUCGCACACCUGGCACUCCCGGCUUCGCUGGCCUUCCUGCCAAGCCUCUCAGCACCCUCGGCGCCCCUGCCAACGGUAUCAAGCUCGACAGCGAGGCGCUCGAAAAGAAGAAGAAGGUGUCCACCGAGCCCACCGGCGCUGCUGCCUCGCAGCAUGCUCCCAAAGCCGAGUCCUCGGCUUCAGGUGCCUCUACUUCGCUCACAUCUGCCAAGUUCAUCGACAACUUCAGCAAGGUCAGCUACCCCACCAACAUCAACUCGCCCAAGUCUGAGCUCAACGAGUCUGCCGAGCCAGGCAAGUUCCGCUACGACCGAGACUUCCUCUUGCAGUUCAUGAACGUGUACACCGAGAAGCCCAUCGACCUACCCUCAUUGGCCUCGAUCGGCAUGGAGAGCGGCGGUAUGGGCGCCAGCUCUCGUCUCAACCGACGUGCUUCGGCGAUGGGCCCUCCUGCUGCUCCUGGACGCGCUCAGGGUCUUGGCAUCAGCGGCUCUUCCAGCUUUGGCGGCAAGGGCGGCAUCGGCUCCUUCAGCCACCCAGCCAAGACGAGCGAGGAGCGCUUCGCUGCUGCCUCGGGUGCGCGUGGCGGUGCCAUGGGUGCAUUUGGCCCCAUGGGCUCGUUCAACGCGGGUGCCCGCUCGCAACCACUCUCGCGCACAGGCAGCGGCAGCACUGCUCUACCUUCCCGUGAUAUGAUGGGCACCGGUGUUCCCAACGGUGGACGCACAAAGAGCAACCGUGGUCGUCAGCGCGAUCCCAACUCAAGCCGUGGCCCGCAGGUCAACCCUCCCGAGAAGGGUGGGCCUACCAUCCCUCUCGACCAGGUCGUGCCCCUCGCCAACUCGGAGAACCGAUGGAGCCGAGGUGCUUCCGUCAAGGCCGAUUCCCCCGAGAUGGUGCAGCGAAAGGUCAAGGCUCUGCUCAACAAGCUCACGUUGGAAAAGUUCGAUUCCAUCUCGAAUCAGAUCCUCGAGUGGGCGAACAAGUCGGUCUCCGAGGACGAUGGCCGCACAUUGCGACAAGUCAUUCAGCUCAUCUUCGAGAAGGCGACCGACGAGGCUGCCUGGUCCGAGAUGUACGCUCGUCUCUGCCGAAAGCUCAUGGAGGAGGUCAGCCCCGAGGUCAAGGACGAGAGUCUCCGCAGUGCCGAUGGCAAGCCCGUCGUGGGUGGCUCGCUCUUCCGAAAGUACCUGCUCAACCGUUGUCAGGAGGACUUCGAACGUGGUUGGGCGCAGCGCGACGACGCCGUGGCCGCUGCCAAGUCGAAGGAGGCCGAGGACAAGGCUAAGAAAGACAGCAAUGAAAAGGCCGAGGCCGAUGCCAAGGCUGCCGAGGAGCGCGGCGAGAAGCCCCCAGAGGAGCCCAAGGAGGCCGAGCUGCUCUCGGACGAAUACUACGAGGCUCAGAAGGCCAAGCGUCGUGGUCUUGGUCUCGUCCGAUUCAUCGGUGAGCUGUUCAAGCUGAGCAUGUUGACCGAGCGUAUCAUGCAUCUUUGCAUCAAGAAGCUGCUGGCCAACGCCACCGACCCCGAAGAGGAGGAGAUCGAGUCGCUCUGCAAGCUGAUGACCACCGUGGGCAAGCUGCUCGACACCGAAAAGGCGCGCGGCCACAUGGAUGUCUACUUCCAGCGCAUGAAGGAAAUGUCCAAGAACGAAGCUGCGAUCAACUCGCGUAUGCGCUUCAUGCUCGUCGAUGUGAUCGAGCUGCGUGAGUCGAGGUGGAUCCCCCGACACGACAACUCAGCGCCCAAGACCAUCGCGCAGAUCCACGCCGAAGCUGCCAAGCAGCAGCAGCAGAGGGAUGCCGAGAACGCCAUGCGUGCCCGAGGUGGCCCCAUCUCGCGCGGUGGUUCCAAGCGAGGCCAGGCGCGUGGCGAUGGGCCCGAUGGCUGGAGCACCGUGGGCGGUGUUGCACCACCACCGCGUCCCAGCAAGGCUGGUGAUCUUUCGCACUUUGGCAAGAUCGAGCGGGGGUCGUCGGGACGACCGCUCUCGUUUGGCCCCUCGACCAUGCUCGGCAGGAAGAACCAGGGCAAGGGCUCCGAGGAUGGCAGCCAGCCUCCUACACGCACAAGCUCGCAGACCAACAUGUUCUCGCUGCUCAACCAGGCCGGCGAAGGCGAUGCUGCUCCCAGCGAAGAGCCGCAGCGACCCAAGCUCAAUCUGCAGCCCCGCACCAAGCCUCUUCCCGGCACCGACAAAGUUGGCGAGGGCGAAGGCGAAGGCGAGGUGGAUGGCGAGGAGAACUCCAAGGCUACCGAGAUGUCGGACGAGGAGGCCAAGCGCAAGAUCGCCAACGACAUCAAGGAGUUCCUCGAGAUCAAGGAUGUCAACGAGGGUGUCGAGGCCUUCAACGCGUUGCCAGCGUCGCGACAGUCGCAGUUCGUCGAGGCGAUCGUCGGCAGUGCGAUCGAGAAGAAGAAGGACGACGUUGCCAACGUCGCUGCGCUGUUCGCCAAGCUCAGCGAAGACGGUCACCUGAACGAGGAGGCAGCCUUCAAGGGCUUCGAGCCGCACAUGGAGUUCCUGGACGAUGCUGCCAUCGACAUUCCCGCCAUCUACUCGUUUGUUGCGGAUUUGUUGGUGAGCGCCAAGCUGUCGCAGGAGAAGAUCGAGGAGUUGGCCGGCAAGAUCGAGGGAGAAGGCCUCAAGACCCCCAAGGACAAGCUCCUUGAAAAGGUUGCUGCUGCGCAAGGAUAA